CCUCGCUCCAAUUCCCGCAUAGAAGAGCGGCUGAAGGCAGCCAACCUGGAAAUGUUCAAGGGGAAAGGGGUCGAGGAGAGGCAGCAGCUCAUCAAACAGCUCCGGGACGAGUUGCGGUUAGAGGAAGCCCGGCUGGUGCUGUUGAAGAAACUACGGCAAAGCCAGCUGCAGAAGGAGAACGUAGUACAGAAGACUCCGGUUGUCCAGAACGCAGCAUCUAUAGUCCAGCCAUCUCCUGCCCACGUCGGACAGCAGGCUCUGUCCAAACUCCCCUCCCGACCUGGAGUUCAAGGGGUUGAGCCCCAAAACCUCAGAACAUUACAGGGUCACAGUGUCAUCCGAUCGGCCACCAAUACCGCCCUUCCCCACAUGCUUAUAUCCCAGCGCGUUAUUGCCCCCAACCCCACACAGCUUCAAGGGCAGCGCAUCCCUCCCAAACCAGGCCUGAUCCGCAGCAGCACGCCGAACAUGAGCCCUGCUAUCAAUUACCAGCCGCCGUCCUCCUCGGCGGUGCCCUGCCAGCGAACCAGCUCCUCCGCCAUCUAUAUGAACCUCGCCUCCCACAUCCAGCCCGUGGCGGUGAACAGGGUGGCGUCCCCGCUGCCCAGCCCCAGCGCCAUGAACGAGGCUGCCAAUUCCCAGGCCGCCGCCAAGCUUGCCCUGCGCAAGCAGCUGGAAAAGACUCUCUUGGAGAUCCCUCCCCCCAAGCCCCCCGCCCCCUUGCUCCACUUCCUGCCCAGCGCGGCCAACAGCGAGUUCAUCUACAUGGUGGGACUAGAAGAAGUGGUCCAGAGCGUGAUUGACAGCCAAGGCAAAGGCUGCUCCUCCCUCCUCCGAGUGGAGCCCUUCAUCUGCGCGCAGUGCCGCACGGAUUUCACCCCACACUGGAAGCAGGAGAAGAACGGCAAAAUCCUGUGCGAGCAGUGCAUGACCUCCAACCAGAAGAAGGCGCUCAAGGCCGAGCACACCAACCGGCUGAAGAAUGCCUUCGUCAAAGCCUUGCAGCAGGAACAGGAGAUCGAGCAGCGGCUGCAGCAGCAGGCCACCCUCUCGCCCACCACGGCUCCGGCCAGCGUGGCCAGCGUCAGCAAGCAGGAGAGCAUCAUGAGGCAUCACACACUCCGACAGGCCCCCCAGCCUCAAAGCUCCCUACAACGCAGUUUGCCCACGUCCGCUCGCUCCAUGCUCUCCAACUUCGCACAGGCGCCGCAGCUCCCCGUCGCCAGCGGACUCCUCGGGAUGCCAGGAGUCAACAUCGCCUACCUGAACGCCGGGAUGGGCGGCCACAAAGGGUCCAGCUUGGCGGACCGGCAGCGGGAAUAUCUACUCGAUAUGAUCCCUCCGCGCUCGAUAUCGCAAUCCAUCAGCGGGCAAAAAUAACACCAGCCCUGCACCCGCCCCGCCUCUUCCUCCUCCUCCCCAUGAUUCCCCCAUCUGAGCCCCCGCCCCUCAUCCAUCGCAUGCAGUGCCUGUACUGGUGCCUACCACGGAGGGAUAGGAAAAACCCCCCUCCCCCAGAAAACAGUGGGGGGGAAAGGAAGAAGAAGAAAAAAAAGACGAGAAUGAAGACGAGAAACUUUCGCGUGAUCCCCCCCCUCCCCGGCCCUUUUCGCAACCGUCUCGCUGGCACCCCUGUUACCCAUGCCGCCCGCUCUGGAUUUUGUUUUUGGGCAGCGGGAAGCACCACAAGCCCUUCCUGUUUCCACCCUUCCCACCCAAAGUCAGAAUCAGCUCGGACAACCCUCGCACCGCGCCUGUGUGUGUUUUCACACUCCCUUUUUAUGCGCUUUUUCUCUUCCCCUUUUUCUUCGACUGUAAUGGCAACCUUGUAGAACUUUUUAAUAACCGCUUUUUUUCUCGUUUUUGUUUUCAUUUUUUAUUGCCUUUUGCUCUCUUUUUUUUUAAAUUCCACGGGAGGGAGAAAAGGAGACCACCUGGAAAGAACAGAGUCCCGGAACGGCCUUUUUUUCCAUCCUGGCUUAAAAUCGAGGGAUCAAGUCAACGGGGGGGGGGGGAUUUUAAUGGUUUCCCCCUUUCCGGCGCCGAAGCCAAACCCUGUGGGGGGGGGUCCAAACGUCCACGAGAAGGCUGCUUUUGGAGGUGGGAAGACCACCAAGCAUAGAAAGCAAAGGGGUGUUGUUGGGGUUUUUUCUUUUGAGGGGGGGGGGAGAAUCGUCCAUGCUAGGAAAACGAAACUUCUGCCUGCCAGAGAUUGGUCGGACUCUCUCCUCCGGCGAUGUCCCACAUCAGUCUGGGCGACAUAAAAGCGAUCGAGUCUCCCUUCUGCGGAUCCUGCCAGCUGUUGGCCAUCAGAAGGCGCUCCUGGCCAGGCGAGGGACCCUGGAUCCUCGCGUCCCUUCCCGUUCCGUCAUCCAUCCGACCCUUCGACGCCAGAAGCAAAGAGUCCUUUCCCGCUCACCGAUUGCUACACCCCAUCCGUCGUCUUCGCUUGGUUGUUUUUUUUUUUUUCCCCUUCUCGAUAUCCGCUCGCUCUUUUCCACGCGGAGAUCCGAACCGUGGGGGCCCCCCCCCACUCUCGUUCUUGGGGCCCCAACUUUUCCCCCCCUCUUCGCUCCCCAAGUAUUAGCCCUUGGGGUUCUUCGGAUCAACCCUUUGGUCCAUCGGUCCCUCUGAAAAGGCCGGCAGCUGCUGGGAUGGUCUCUCUCUCUCUCUCUCUCUCUCUCUCUCUCUGCAUCCGUUUCGCCCCCUCCAAACCUCCGAGCACUUAACGAAUCCACGGAAGGCGGCAGAGGAACCCUGGCGCGGAUGCACCCCGAAGAGACUCCAAGACCCAGGAUUUAUUUUGUGUGUCCGUCCCCCCCCCCCCC